AUGGAGUUGGGGUCGGGCAACCUCGAAGGAAAUGGCCCCCGACCACGGCUAGGUGCGCUCGACUCGCCGGCUCUUCUAACGUAUUCAAAGAUCCUUUUGGACAAGGUCGACAAGACUCCUGUCACUGCCUUGGCACAGGCACCCUGCCCGACCACUCCAAGCGGCAAGAAGGUCGAGCUCAACAGCAUGAAUGUAUGCCGAUGGUCUUUCGUUCUUUCUCGCAUUAAUAUUAUGUCGGAUGGAGACGGACACCGGUGUGGGGGACGCGAAGGCGGGAUGGUCGAACCUGUCCAGAAAAGUGGAGGGGAUAUCGGCGGUGAAAACAUGGACACCUUCCUGGUCCGCGAAAUCUGUCCAAAUAACCAAGCCGUUGCCCUUGCGCCACAGCGACUAGCAACGCGAGAAUACAAGGGUCACGCAACCGAUUUCUCGGGGUGA